AUGGGUACACGACAAAAAAAAGGGAAGUAAAAUUGUAAAGGUGGCGCUGGCUGCAAAAUAUUCGCAAAAAUGUUGAGAAAAUGAGUGCCGUAAUUGUAGCUUUAUUUUGUGUUUUUUCCGUGAUUUUUCUGUGUUACUGUGCUCUCCAGUAAGUGCCGCAGUGGAUGGAAGUAGUUGCUGGUGCGUGAGAUUGUUGUGUGGUGUGAGAAAAUGCGGGGAUUGUUUUGACCAUCUUGCUGGGCAUUCGAAUGCCGCCUCUGAUUUUGACGUCGGAAGCGAAGCUGGGCCCCCAUCAAGCACCACCUGUCCCGGAGCAACAGAGUGCGCCCGCGACAACGACAAUGGCGGCCGAAAUGGGGCCACCCAUGAAUUCAGUACUGUGGACGGCCGUUUUUGACUACGAGGCUCAGGGUGAGGAUGAAUUGUCACUGCGUCGUGGCCAGAUUGUCUAUGUGCUGUCCAAGGACAGCAACAUAUCCGGGGAUGAGGGCUGGUGGACGGGCAAAAUAGGCGACAAAGUAGGAAUCUUCCCGUCAAACUUCGUCACUGAUUGCGAUCCCUUGUUGCCCAGUGUCAUGAUUGGCAAUAUCCAGCCCGAGGAGAUUGACUACCAUGAGCUGGAGCUUAAGGAGGUGAUCGGGGUGGGGGGCUUUGGGAAGGUUCACCGAGCCUACUGGGGUCACGAAGAAGUGGCCGUAAAAGCUGCCCGUCGCGGUCCUGACGAGGACAUUGAAGUCACGCGAAAGAAUGUCCUCCAAGAGGCCAAACUCUUCUGGUCACUGAAGCACGAGAACAUUGUCGCCCUCAAAGGAGUAUGCCUCAAAGAGCCAAAGCUCUGUCUUGUGAUGGAGUUUGCCCGUGGGGGUUCACUCAAUCGCAUCCUCGCUGGCAGGAAAAUUCCUCCGGAUGUUCUCGUAGACUGGGCCAUUCAGAUUGCACGGGGCAUGAAUUACCUGCAUAAUAUGGCUGAAAUCUCUGUUAUCCAUCGUGAUCUCAAGAGCUCAAAUGUACUCAUUAGCGAGGCAAUUGAAGGCGAUAAUCUCCACAACAAAACACUAAAAAUCACAGACUUUGGACUCGCCCGUGAAGUUUACAAGACAACAAGAAUGUCUGCAGCUGGAACUUAUGCUUGGAUGCCACCUGAAGUUAUUAAAUGCGGUACAUAUUCAAAAUCUUCGGAUGUUUGGAGUUAUGGUGUACUCCUGUGGGAAUUACUCACAGGGGAGACACCCUACAAAGGAUUUGAUUCCCUGUCGGUCGCUUAUGGUGUUGCUGUUAACACACUUGCGUUACCGAUUCCGAAAACAUGUCCAGAGGCUUGGGGAAAACUCAUGAAAAGUUGUUGGGAAUGUGAUCCUCACAGUCGACCGUCUUUCAAGGAGAUUCUCCGGGAAUUGGAUGUAAUAGUGCGCUCUGGCUUCACUCAGACUCCUCAUGAAUCUUUUCAUACAAUGCAAGAUGGGUGGAAGAAGGAAAUUGCUGAAGUACUUCAGGAAUUGCGCAAAAAAGAGAAGGAAUUGCGAUGCAAGGAGGAAGAACUUACACGAGUUCAACUUCAGCAGAGGAUUCAAGAGGAGAAUCUGCAGAAACGUGAACAAGAGUUACAAGCACGUGAGUUGGAAUUACUCGAGAGAGAGAUAAAUGUCAUGAUAUCACAAAAUACACCAACUCCGAAGAAAAGACGAGGAAAAUUCAGUAAAAGUCGAUUGAAGUUGCUUAAACGUGAACCAGGACAAAUAUCCUUUCCACUGGAUUUUCGACAUACAAUCACUGUCCAGCAUACAACGCUUAGGGAAGAGGGUCGCCUGAGGACAGAUACACCACCUGGUUCACCAUCAAUACCGAGACUGAGAGCCAUAGCACACCCAGCUGAUGUGAUCAAGGGAAAAACCUGGGGUCCAUCGACCCUCCAUCAGCGUGAACGAGGCCAUUUGCCAGCUCUACGUCCCACGGCGUGGACACCGGCACAAUUCAGUAAGAGUGCCCCAAAUUUGGAUAAAUCCCGCUUGGCGAUGACAUCGCUGGCUGUUGCACAGACCCCAUCGCGGAAUGAUAUUUUAGAUUUCGGCCAGGACGAAUGGGUGGGUAGAUCUGACAGUCCAAUCCACCAUGGACGUCUUGGUAUCCCCAUGCCAACACUCUACAAUACAACGGAAGGGGUACGGAAGCCUAAGUUGAGUAUUGUAGAGAUCAUGAUGUACAAUAUGGCAUCAAUGCUGGCGGGUGUUGCAGCGGGAUAUGAUGUUAGAAUGUCCAAUGUAUCUCCGCUGCAUCCUCGGCUGCAACAGCAGUUGAUACCGAGUGAUCAGGAGGAGUCACAGUGUCCCACAGAGAGUGAAUUUAUCACUCCCGAUCGGGGAUAUGCUCACAAUACCUACCACGGACCUGCCAAGCACUUGAGGCCAAAUCUGUCGAGCCUUGCAAUGCCAGAUGACAAGCCUAUGAGAUUCACAGACACUUCUCAGCAUUAUUUGGGUUCGACGAUGUCCACAACAAGUGGAUUGGGGUCAAAUUACACGACAAAUACGUCGGGAUUGAGUUCUUCAAUAAGUGGAAGCACUGUACCGCCCACGCCAUCGCCAAGAAGAAAAUGUAGUACUUCCUCGUUUACAGAGUGCACAGAACUCCAGGAGGAACGAGACAAUAGGGCACCCAUUUACAUUCCAGGUGACUACUAUCCAGCAUCCCAGGUGAAUUUUACAGGUGAGGGUAGUGCCUAUUUUGGUUCUAAUUACUCGCCCUUUCGUCCGGAAAUUAAUUUGGCUUACGAGAGAGAUUACAAAGCCAAUUAUGGGUAUACAGAUAUGCCCAUUUAUGAUUCGGCGUCGUAUCAUGAUUUUGCUUAUGAGGCCGCAAGAGCACCGAGAGUUCCUCAAAUGGGAAUUACAGCUGCUGCUGGUCAUCGGAGGACACUCUCGAAUAUUUCUUCUGGCUCUUCCAGCAAUGUCAAUCCGGGUUUUCGGUUGGAAAAUGAUGAGAUUACCUCGUUGUACAAUUUGGGCAAUUUAACUGUUUCUACGACGCCCAAUCAUACUCGUGGACGGGAAUAUGAAAAUGUGCCAUCGUAUGCCAUGAGGCAUCCACAAACUAUGCCAUCACCUGAAAUCUCUGUCACUCGACCCAAUAGUUUGGGCUUCGAACAUGGCAGUCAGACAAAGUUGCGAUCGAGCCUGAAAAAGUAUGGGCCGGGUGGACAGAAAGCGGGUGGAUCGGGUGCUGGAACACCUACAAAUCCUACCCCACCAGAUAGUCUCACGAGCGAUGAUAGCUCCUAUUUGAGUGCCAAGGACGGUGGCUCGUCGUCAAUAUCGUCACAGAGCCGAGUGCGCUUUAGUCCGGAAAUUUCACUGGAUAUGCCGACGCAGGGUCAGUCUCUGGAUGGGACUGUACCGCUUCAGGCCACAAGGCGCUCCCAGAGACGCUAUAACAUGAGUGACUCGGCAUCCUAGCAGUGGUGACAAGAGUACACGUGGAUGCCGAGACGACGAGCCAAAUCGGCUCAACUUAAAUACUGAUUCUCCCCUCAUGACCAUCUUAAUUAGAAAACACUCAUAUUUUGUCCCUAUCUACCAUAAAAAAAACCUGUACAUUUAACACUCCAAUUUUACAGGGGAUUGUUUUAAAUAGCGGAUGGGCAUUAGUUUUGCAAUUUUCAAGUGUAAUUAUUUGGACGGGAAAGUUAUACUUUCUACUAAUAUUAAAGCGUGAAUACAAAAUCAUGGAGUAUUCAAAUGGAGUAUCAGAUUCCAAUCCCUUUCAUAGUAAUAAUGCAUAUUUGGAAUUGUUGUUUGCAAGAAGGCCUAGUUCUUCUAUGAGAAACGCUCAGAGCAAAAGUGGACCGUUUUAAUAGGGAAAUUCAUACAAAGGAGACCACUCUUGCUCUGAGCGUUUUAUGAGAUGUUCUGCCAGCAUUAUUAUUGUUAUAAUGCCCAACGCACAAUAAUUUUUGUUUGUAAACAUGUUUUCAAAAUUGCCUAUGAGAGUGAGCGAGAUGAGUAGAUCUAGGUUUUUUUGCACUCACUUUAUUAAAAUGUCAAAAACAUGUUUAAAAAAGUUAUUGUGCGCUAGGCAUUAUAUACAAAAACAUUUGUUUUGUAAGCAUAUUUUGAACAUUGCAAUAAGAGUGAGUGAGGUCUAGCUGUUUAAAGAUGAUUACCUGCAGACAAGUAAUUGUAUCUAUAAAUAGCCAAUAUAUCCGGCUUGGAGCACCCGGUACAAUAUUGUCUUCGAUGAAUGUCCUCUUGUUAUAUUUAUCACUUGAAAGACACCUUUUUACAAUUAAGUUACAAUUUAUUCUCAAUUUGAACUUGUCUUUUUCACUGCUCCUUACUUACUACUUUUUAUAAUAUUUUUUUUUUAUUUUCUGAAGUUACUAUUUUAAUCACUAAACUGCAACACUAGCUUUAAUGAUCUCACUUACUCUCAUAUACAGUUUCGAAUAUAAUGUUUACAAACCUUUUGUACACUGAGAAAAAAAACUGGGGUGCGAUUAAAAUUUUUUCCUCAUAACUUUAACACUUGUGUAAAAAUAUAUCAACAUUUUUAUUGUUAAUUUUACACCAUUUUAAGGGUAAAAGUAACAUGAAAAGUGUAACUUUAACCCCUAAUACACCUAAUACACCCCUAAUACACCUAAAAAGCAUAAUAUUUACACCGAUUUCGGAUCAAUACUGCAGGGUAAAAUAAACAUUUCCGGAAUUCUCUCAGAACUAUUCUUCAUAAUUGGUCAUCAUAUUAGGGUCCUGCUGCGAUGGUAAGUUGAGGAACGAAUGUGUUAAUUUUUUUUUUAUGGGAAACAAUUGCCCAUUACGAACAGCCCCAUUGUUAAAGUGGUUAAAGUUAUCCUUUUUCUGUGUUUUUUACAGCUCCAGUAGAUACACUUUAUUAAUGAGAGAGGUAGAGCAAUUAACGUUGUAAACUAACAUUUCUUUCAAAAUAUUAAUGUGCUAAAGGGCAACUCAAAAAUUAUAUUUACUUUAUCAUAUUUUAAUGCCAGUUUGAAAAAUCUUGAAGAGCAUAUCCUCCCCAAUUGGCCGUUGAUAAUUUCCAAUUGCUGGCCAUCUCAGAACAACAAGAACUUGAGUUACUUUUGGAGUUCAGUUUGAUCAGCAACUGGACUAAUUGCAUUUCCUUAUAUCUCUUAGCGGGGGCCAUCCGGUCGUCCCUUUUUCGAUUCAAAGGUGCCAAGUAACGUGCGUCUGCGUGUCAAGAAUCUCGAGAUGACUUCGCCUCAGGAAUCUCUGCCAUUUCCAUGAUAUGCUGAAUCAUUAUGGUCUUCAACGAUUACUGAUUAUACUAUAAGUCAUCUGCCUCUAUUUUCUCUUUCCGCAAUGUACUAAACCCCGAGACUUUCUGAUGCGACAUUUUUUGACCUUGUCCUUUAGAAUCAAUCCCAGGGACCAAUUUAUUAUUCUCAUUUCCGUAAAAAAUGGGCAGUUGUAGUGAAAUUUUUAGGAUCCCAUCAUUCAGCACCAAAAAGCAAAGACGGUCCCCUCUUUGUUAAGGACAAAAUAGAAUUGAUUUCAAUCAGUUGGCAUUGGCAGAGCUAUCGAAAAAUUACUUCCUUUCGGCUUCAAAAAUUUUCAAUGUAUUUUUUUUCACAAAUUGCUAUGAUUUUUCAAAAGCAUUUUUAACACUCUUGUAGACCAAACUCUUGAGAUUUUGAUAUUUUACUGUCAUGCAGGACUCUGAUAUAUUUACCGUUUAGUCGUUUUUAUCAGAUUAUUUCGUGAAUUACAGCUUUGAUCACAAUUAAGAACAUAACACACUGUCUUAUGAUCACAACAAUCACCGAAAAAAAGGGGGUGCGAUUAAGCUUUUUUCCUCAUAAACUUAACACUUUUUAGGUGUAAAAAUAUAUCAACAACAUAUUUUAAUGUUAAUUUUACACCUUUUUUAAGGGAAAAAAUAACAUGAAAAAAGGGUAACUUUAACCCCUAAUGCACUUAAAAAGCAUAAUAUUUACACCGAUUUCGGAUCAAUACUGCAGGGUAAAAUUAACAUUUCCUGAAUGUUAUUUUAACUUUUUCGGAUUUCUCUCAGUGGUGAAAUCCUCGUGAACUUAUACCAUUGAAAGUAGUUUCAUAGCCUUGGAGCCUUGGAGUUGAUGUAACUUUAUAUUUGGGAGUUAUUAAGCUUAAAAGAUCGGACGAAUGGCCGGGAAAGUUUUUGACCUAGCUCGUGAUCAGAGAAUGGUGAGAAACUUUUUAUCGCAAAAUUUAAGAUUGAUCGAAGGUCAUGACAUUAUGUGAGCGUUUUUGAUAAUGUCAAUGGGUGACUCAUACGGAGAAACUCUUGUCAAUUGCUUGAAAAACCCAAUGAAUGUUUUUACGAAACCCGUGAAAUAAUUGUAUCCGAUUAGAGGGACACGGGAACACCCAAUGAAUUGAAUCAAAAGACUAUAAGUGUAGUAAGUAUUGUAGUUUUCUUCUUGAAACCUAUUUUACAUUCUUAUUGCAUUUAAGCUUUUCAUAAAACAAUUAUCUUUUCUGUUUUUUUUUACUUAAAAAUAUUAUAAAACGGCAACAUUUAUGACUUUCAAAAACAAAUGUUAUUCUAUUUAUUUCUUCAUAAAGGAAUCGUUGGGGACGUAAGCAAUUACGGUCAAACCGUAAAAUAGGCUAACAAGACACUGUAUAGGUAAUUGUUUUGCAGAACUUCGAUAAAUUAAUAUUGUUCUUAAAUUACAUAAAAUUCAACAACUUCCAACAAAGUUCUCGUUUGUCUAUUCUUUUUUGUAUGACUUUUGGAUUUUAUUUGUAAAUUUUAUAUUUCGUUUUUAAGACAAUUUUUUUUAAAGAACUAUACGACCCCUUUCGCUUAAUAUUCAAUAAAAUCCAAUGCAAAUAAAUCAAGUGAAUUGUGUUUAAAAUCAUUGCAAAUAAUGUAAUUUGAAUAAUUCAACGAAAUGGAGCAUACAUGCAUUCUCGAUAAAGAAUAACGUAUUGUGAAAAUCACACAAUUAAAUUAUUUGUUUAGUUCAUUAUAAUUUACAUAGUUUCAUUGUGUUAGACAAAACCAGAAUGUUGAUCUAACUAAUGAGUAACUUUAUUUGGAUUUAGUCACAUGUUAAUUGUAAGAAUAAUGCCCAUCCCUCUACGUUCAACCCCUGUAAAAAAAACAUUUUCACCUGAAACAUUCCUCUUUCACUGUGCAAUUUUCUUCUUAAUUUUAAUAAUUUAUUUAUACUCUCAUGAUCCACUUAUUAGGUGCUAUAUAAAUACAAACGCAAAUACACACAACACUAUACUCGUUGCAAUUAAUCAAAAUGAAGUGAAAAGAGUUGAAUUGUAUUAUCAUCAACCAAAUACAUCAAUGCGAAGGGAAAUAUACCAUAAUGUGUAUAGAGAAAGCACAAUUGUAAAUAUUUUCACUAAAAAUUCUUUUGCUUUUGCAACAAAAUCAAGAGAGAGAAAAAUCUUUGCAGCAAUUGAGUAACAUCACUUAAAAAAAAAAAAAAAACAUUUCAAUAUUAAUGUAGGACAAAGUAAAAGUAUUGAGAUGACCAAGUAAACAAGAAUUGAACAGUAUGAUAGUUAUGACUUUGAUUAAAAGAAAAGGAAAUAAAUAAAUUACAAAAUAAAAACUUGCUAAUACCAGACGUAAA